GAGAGUUUGUUUUGUUGGUGGGUAAAAGUCGAUUGUGGAGGAGGCGGAAGACGACGAAACAAAGAGGACAACACACACCACACACACACACACGCAAGGAGCCAUGGACCCAUUGGGUGACAAAGAGCAGCAGCAGCAACAGCAGCAGCAACAGCAACAGCAGCAGCAACAGCAGCAGCAACAGCAGGAGGAGGAACAACCAUUGGAUGGGGAAGAACGACCGCGGCUGGCGCCGGAGGAAGUGGCAAAGACGGUGCUGAAGAGCGUGCAGCAAACCACGAGCCGAUCCGUGACACAGUUUGGGGGCCAGGAUGACGCCCAGCGCUACGUCAAGACGGUGUACAAGUCAGUCCUCGUACAGCGCCAGCUGCCGCAAACCCCAAGGGACCAGCUGCUCGUCGUCACCGUCAUCCAGGCGCACGGGCUCGCAGACAAAUGGACCAAGCAAGCAAACGCCUGGCGCAUCUUCUGCACGCUGGAGUUCCAAGGCAGACAACGGACAACGAGCGGCGUGCCGGCGGCACGCAACCCAACGUUCAACGAGAUUGCCAGCUUCCCGCUGCAUGGCACACGCAUCACCUCGGGACUCAAAAUCUCGCUGUGGGCAAGCGCCGCCUCAACCACAACGGCCCGCGCCCAGCUGCGCCCGCAGCAGAACACCGCUCGUGAAGCAGACAGAGACCGCUCCAGCCCCUUUUGGCGAAAGCGCAACAUGACCCUGCGCUUCCUGGGGCAAGUCCACCUCAAGCCCUCCGAGCUCCAGGGCAUGGUCUCCGCAAGCGCCAGCACGCCACUGCCGCUACAGAAGCGCAGUCCUCGCUCAAAUGUCAAGGGAUCCCUGGCCAUCAGCGUCGAUAGGGCCUCGCGCGAUGAGAUGUCCAGGGCACAGGCAAAGGAGCGCACAAAGUACGAAGAGCUGGCUGCCCACGACGCCGCCAUGAAGGCACGCGAGGGUUACUGGCCAGCACCCCCACCCCACCUUACCCUCCCAUCGCAGGUCCUUUAUGAGGCCGUCUACACUAUCAUGACCUACGAGGCAUCCAUGAUGGACAAUGAGGAAGUCGAGCCAGUGAUGCCACGUGCGUGCAGCGACGCGGCGUGCCACGUGCUCGAGGCGGUGGCAAACCUGCCCACGUGCGAUGCUUUUGACGUGAAGCUUCUCAUCCAGCAUCACAUCAGCCUGGCCAUCAUGGAGGGCGACGACGCUGUGGGCAUCGCGCCGCUCACAGACUAUUCCCUGCUGGUGGCCUGGCUCACCUACAUCUUCAAAGUGCACUUCCACGCGCGUGGCGAUCGCUCUAUCGAGGGCCUGCACUGCUUCGACAUGCCGGAGGGGUGCCAGGAUGAGUUGGCCAGCAGCCUGGAGUCCCUCUUGCUGUUCCUGCACACGGAGUUUAUCCAGUACAAGUUCCAGUUUGCGGCGCACUCGCGCGUUGUGCCCCCGCUCCUUGACCACUUUCUAAACGCGUUUGCAACCUGCCAGGCCAUGCUGGCUGCCCUCCGUCCUGGAGAAGAGUCUCCGCAGGACCGCGCGCGCCGCUGCGUUUACAUCUGCAAAGAAAAGAUCUUCCGUCUCAUCUCCGCCACCGUGGAGGCGAUUCCGCGCGUGUCCGCUGCCAGCCGUCUGGUCACCAUGGCUGAUAUGCUGGAGGACGAAAUCAAGUACGAUCUUGUUUUCUACGCACAGCACUUCCGGCGCCACUUUGAUCUCGAGUGCAUGCAGCUCAACGUGGAGGGCCUGUGCCUGCUGCACGACACGCACCUUCGCCGCGAGCUGCCUGCAAUGGUUGGCGGCAACCAGCCGCCCGUGCCCGUCACCAUCCUGGACGCGUUUCGUCGCGUGCGCGUGCUCAAGGAGAAGUACGUGGACCUUGCUGCCUUGCGGCCGGGACAGCCGGUCCCAUACGCCGACCGCCACCGCCUUUUUGUGGAGCCGAUCAAGUCGUGGCUGCUGGAUGUGGCCGACCGCGUGCCGGGGUUUGUCUCGCGCGCCAUGGAGGUUGACGCGUUCGCCCCCAUCAACGACACCACCAUGCACUCCACCUCUGUGCUCGACCUCAUGACUAUCCUGACGCAGACGCUGUUUGAGCUGGCCGAGCUGCGCUGGGCUGACGUGCAGACAGGCACCACGCUCUUCCGCGUGUUUGCAGAGGCGGUGGUCACCACGGUAUCGACAUACUGUGUGCACAUGCGACGCAAGUUUGGCGACACUGCGGCACAGGCCAGGAGCAAAGGGUUUAUUGGCGGGCGCGGUGGUGACCUCGGUGGGAGUCGUGGGAGCGGUGGUGGCGGCGGCGGCGGAGGUGUUGGACUUGUUGGCGGUGAUGCCUCAACCGAACAUCUGCAUGUCUCGGCGCAGCUGUGUGUGGCAAUCAACAACCUCGCACAGGAUCUAAACGCCAGUGUACGCGCAGAGCCACUGUAUGAGGACCUGAGCAACAUCAGCCUCGACGAGUCUGCGUCGCACGCACAUGACGAUGAGUAUGACAUUGAGGCGAGCCAUUACGCACGCAUUGAGGACGUGCUGCCUGACGAUGACGAUGACUACUACGGUGAGGGCGGUGGUGGUAGCGAUGACAACCAUCACUCACACAGCCACCGCCACCAUCGCGACGCUGGUGGUGAUCACGACGACUAUGAUGAUGAUGAUGAUGAUGAUGAUGCCAACUUCGGCGGUUCGCAGCUGGCGGCCACGGCUGGAGAUCCGUUGAAGAUGGUGAAGCAGGUCUACCAGCUGGCACUUGAGUCACUCGCGGGGACAUUUUCGCCGAUGUUGGGCAUGCUGACCAAUUCCAUCUUCCCCGUGAUUGAGCAAUACCUCAACUUCAUGGCAGGCUUCAGACGUACACAACCCAUCCUCAGCAAGAUGUUCAAGGUGAAGCACGCAAAGCGCCAGGCGACAACCAAGUUUGAGGUGCAGCAGGUCGAGGGCCUCGAUGAGCGAAAGCUUGAGCGGGUGAAGAACAAGAUGCAGCGAAUGGCGCGUCGGAGCAAGCGCGCGACGUGGAAGCGGCACCAGAACCGCCCAUCCGAAGACGUCGAACGCACACGCGCGCCAACAGCCGCAGAGCAGGCAGCCCUCCUCUCAGAUGCGCAGGUUCGCAUUUCCAUGGAGCCGCUGCUGGACUAUUUAGACGCGACGCUGCAGACACUCAGCGCGAACCUCUACGAGGACGUGUUCCACAAUGUACUGGCGAAUAUCUGGGACGCCACGGUUGCGACGGUCGAUCGAAAAGUGAACAGAUCACAGGCACACAUGGACAUUGACCAGUGCGUGACGCUGUACAGCUUCCUCGGGUGUCUGCGCGACUACUUCAACGCCGACGGCCACGGCAUCCCCCAGCGCCGGCUGCGAACACGACUGUACGAUGUGCUGAUGGAGCAGCUGCGACUCAGCAGGCAGUCGACCGCCGACGUCAUGUGGAUGUCCUGGCCCGAACAGCACCGUCAUUCACCCUCGUCUCCCCGCCCACAAAUCAUCAUCCGGCGUGCCCGCUGUUGCCAGCUGAACGUGCGCGUGGAGCGGUGCAACAAACUACCAAAGAUGACUUCGCAGGGCACAACACGCGCAGUCCUUGAUGCAGUCAUGCGCACAGACGACACAAUGCAGGUUGGUUCAUCUCAACGUCGGCAUACCCAGCACUGGAUUGGGUAUCCUGUUGAAGAGUCGUUGAACCCUGUUAUGAACCAGGAAUACACGUUCAAGGUUCGUUCGUUUGCAGGCAUUCUGCGCAUCGGCAUUUAUCACAUACGCGAGAAGAAGCGCGAAUACAUCGGGGAGACGUGCAUUUCGCUGCAGGAUGUGCAAGAGAGCAUGACAGCAGAUAUGGUGCAGCCUCUCAUUCCGCUCGUCACCAAGCGAUCAACCAGUCUCUUGAGCGUGCUUGCAACUCGCAGAGGCGAGCCAGACGCUGUCCGGUUUGUGGAGGAACGGGCCGGUGAAGUCCGCGGUCGCAUCGUCAACUCAUCUCGCUCAAAGUUGCAUGUUGUGGUUGGGCACCACUUCUUUGCCACGCGGUAUGCAAUCCCACCAGAGUGCGGCGUGUGUCAGAGCUUAAUCUUCGGUGUUGGCAAGAAAGUGUACUUGUGCGACUUGUGUGGCCUCACCGUGCACAAGCGCUGCCACUUUUAG